AUGAGAGGUCAUCAAAAGAGUUUGCCAAAUCUUAAAUUUCUGUAGCCUUAAUCAACUGCGUUAAUUACUCCAUCUAAUAGUUCUAUUCGAUAAAAAUACUAAGAAAAACGAACUUAUAGGAAAUUCUAAAAAGAGAAUUCUCUUUAAAUUGACAAGAAUUAGACACCAACUCCAAUAAUGAAUAAUGUAGCUAAAGUGUUUAGACAGAAUUUUAUUUAGAAAACAGAACCUAAUGAAACAUCUGAUAAACAAAAUAGAAUGAUUGAAAAUCAAAAAAUUAUAAGUCAGAAGCCUUCUUCUUUCAAAUUUCUCUAUCGUCCAAUUACAAAAUAGAAUUCUGAACUAAUGUUAACUCCUCGAAUAGCAUAAAAUUUACCUGAAAACAAUUAUGUCUAUUAUGUUUCUGACUUAAUUAAAGCAUAUGAAAGUAAGGACAGCUAUUUCAAUCGUCUUUUCUAAGAUCAUCUUUAAUCAAGUUUAAUGGCAUUUAAAUAAUGCGCCACAUCUAAAAUUAUAUUUAAACCUAAACCUCUCAUUUUACCUAAAGAUCCUAAAGGUAAAUAAAUAAAUUUAUAAUAGAUUCAAGAAAAUAUACUUUAUUAUUAGAUUUGGAUGAAACUCUUGUUCAUUGUUCACUUGAUGUAAGAUUACCAUGUGAUAAAAAACUCAAUAUCAAAUUAUCCCCAUCAGAAAUCCUACAAGUUGGACUCACAAUUCGUCCUGGAUUACAAAAUAUGUUAGAAAACUUGUAGCCUCAUUUUGAGAUUAUCAUUUUUACUGCUUCUCAUGCUCAGUAUGCAAAAAAAGUGAAAAUUUCAUAUCUAAUUAUUAGAUAGUAGAAUACAUUGAUCCAAAAAAAAUUAUAUCCUAUGUUCUGUCCAGAGAGCAUUGCUGUUUCACAAGUCUUGGACAAUACAUUAAAGAUCUUUCUAUAAUUAAAAAUCGAUCUCUCUCUAAAAUUAUUCUAGUUGAUAAUUCUGCUUACAGUUAUUAUUAUUAAAUUGAUAAUGGAGUACCAAUUAUUCCAUUCUAUGACAAUAAGUAAGAUAAAUAAUUGACUCUACUGACCAAGUAUUUAAUUGGUCUCUUAGAUUAUUAAGAUAUAAGAGAAUACAAUUAGUAUAAUUAUUUUUUUUAUUUCUAUAGGAAAUACUUAAAGACCUACUUAUUGGAUAAAUUGGAUUCUUUAGAAUCAGUUAUUGAAAAUUAUAAGGCGUAAAUUAAUUCCAAAAAAACAUGA